CUCUCUCUCUCUCUCUCUCCCUCUUCCUCUCUCGUUAAAGAGAAGGUAAUAGUCCCUUUCACUUCUGACGGACUCACACCGACUCACACUACCUGUCGCUUCAGUCCUAUACCAACAGAAAGCCAAAGAUUUGGCAUGGGUGAGGAGACCAGAGUGAGGGCAUAGCUGUUCAGCAAGGUGAACGGGAGAAGAGGAGCAAUAGAGAUAUCUACCAGUCAAGCAUCCACACUCCUAGAGGGAAGACGAUGGGAGACGCUGAAGAUGAUAAGAAGGCAGGACAGCUGUUUGAGAACUUUGUCCAGGUCUCUGACUGUAAGAGCACCCUACAGGCUUUCAACAUCAUGUGCAGUUACCUGGAGCUGGAUCCUCUGGAGCACAGCACCUUCUAUAGCAGUCUGAAGAGCACGGUGACCUGCUGGAAGGCCAAAGCACUUUGGAGCAAGCUGGACAAGAGAGCCAGCCACAAAGAGUAUAAAAAAGGCAAAGCCUGUGAGGGCACUAAGUGCUUGAUAAUUGGAGGGGGGCCAUGUGGUUUGCGGACCGCGAUCGAGUUGGCUUUUCUCGGAGCCAAAGUGGUGGUGAUAGAGAAGAGAGAUACAUUCUCAAGGAACAACGUCUUGCAUCUGUGGCCCUACACGAUUCAUGACCUCAGGGGUUUGGGAGCCAAGAAGUUCUACGGCAAGUUCUGCGCUGGAGCGAUAGACCAUAUCAGCAUUCAGCAGCUCCAGCUCAUGCUCCUGAAAAUCGCUCUAGUUCUCGGUGUGGAGUUUCAUGUUAAUGUGGAGUUUGUUAAGCUGGUGGAACCCCCAGAGGACCAAGAGAACGAGGGGCCGGGAUGGAGGGUGGAGAUCCGGCCUGCGGAUCAUCCUGUGGCUGACUUUGACUUUGAUGUGGUGGUGGGAGCUGAUGGUAGACGAAACUCUUUAGAAGGGUUCGGGAGGAAGGAAUUUCGUGGCAAACUGGCCAUUGCCAUAACGGCAAACUUCAUCAACAGAAACACCACAGCUGAGGCAAAGGUUGAGGAGAUAAGUGGAGUCGCCUUCAUCUUCAAUCAGAAAUUCUUUCAGGAUCUCAAACAGAAGACUGGCAUUGAUCUAGAGAACAUUGUAUACUACAGAGACAACACACACUACUUUGUCAUGACAGCUAAGAAGCAGAGCCUGCUGGACAAAGGUGUCAUCGUUCAUGAUUAUAUCGACACUGAAGCACUGCUGAACAAUGAAAAUGUGAACCAAGAGGCUUUGUUGGCAUAUGCUCAAGAAGCUGCUGACUACGCCACCCACUACCAGCUGCCGACACUGGACUAUGCCAUGAACCACUGCGCUCAGCCUGAUGUGGCCAUGUUCGAUUUCACGAGCAUGCACGCGUCAGAGAAUGCCGCUCUGGUCAGAGAGAGGUUUGGGCAUAAUUUACUGGUGGCACUAGUGGGAGACAGCCUUCUAGAGCCGUUCUGGCCUAUGGGAACAGGCUGUGCCCGUGGCUUUUUGGCUGCUUUUGACACAGCUUGGAUGGUGAAACGUUGGGCACAGGGUGGAAGUCCACUCGAGGUAUUAGCGGAGAGAGAGAGCCUGUACCGAUUGCUACCUCAGACAACACCUGAAAACAUUGCCAGAAACUUUGAUUUGUACACCAUAGAUCCAGGAACACGCUAUCCAAACCUCAACUCUAACUGUGUGAGGCCACACCAGGUCCGUAACAACUAUAUAUGUGGAGAGAUGAAGUCGUGCUCUCUGGAACGAGCCGCCACGAUACGCCGCCCUGUUAACUUGGCCAGGCGAGAGUCUGAGAUCAGGCCCAGUCGGUUACUGACGUGGUGUCAAAAUCAGACGGAGGGCUACAGGGAUGUGAAUGUGACCGACCUCACUUCCUGUUGGAGCAGUGGCCUGGCUCUCUGCGCUCUCAUUCAUCACUUCAAACCUCAAUUCAUUGAUUACGACUCUCUGAAUGAGCAAGACUGUGCCAAAAAUCUGCAGCUGGCAUUUGACAUAGCAGAGAAAGAGUUUGGCAUCAAGCCUUUCGUCACGGGGAAAGAAAUGAUGUCAGGUCAGGAGCCAGACAAGACCAGCAUGGUGAACUACCUCUCCAAGUUCUACGAGCUCUUCCGGGGAACGCCUCUACCUCCCUCAGUAGAUUCAAAGCGAGAGGGAGAUGCAAAUAGAGAGAAAUAUCAAUCAAAUUCUGCCAGACCUGUUUACAAGUCACUGAGUUCACUUCAGCCUCGAAAACGCAUACCCAAGAAUGAUAAAAAGGUUGAAGACAGUGAUGCCAUAUUCAAAAGAAGACGGAAAUUUAGUUACUUAGAAGAGACUACCAAAUCCACAAAUCAGAGUUCUUCUAUAGACAACAAAGUGCAGGAAUUUAAGGAAAACAAGGUCAAAUUUAUGGCCACUCAACUACAAGCAAAAUUUGAAGACAGCACAGCAAGUUGCUCUCUUCGUAGGCAGUCUAAUUCUAAUGACGAGAGGCCUUCGAGACCUCCGUCACUCGAUAUGACUGACAGCCCUCUUUUUAACAUUAUCAGGAAGAAAAUUCCUCCACCCCCACCCCCUAAAAAACAGUUUCCAUCCAUUCACUGUGUACAACACAGUGAGGAGUGCUCGCUUCCUCUCUUCCCCUCACUUCAUUCCAGUCCUCUGAAUCCACGGAGGAAACCAAACCACCCUCCCCACACACACACACACUCUCAGUCAGUGGCAGAGAACACAGCCACUUCAGGGUCAGGAUAUGCUGCUACCGGUCACUCAGCAGUGUUGGCCAUGAAAGCAAUGCUGCAGCGCCUCCAGAGGGUGGACGAUAAGAUUAGCCAGAGGAAAGCCCAGACGCAAAAUGCCAGAGAGUUUAAUAAAAAAAGCAUAAAGGAGAAAGCUGUCCAUUUGAGUGCUCUGUUCUCUGCCGAGGCCGCCUCUUCACAUCAGUCUGACUCCUCUACUCUCCAUUCCCCUCAUUCCACUCCUUCACAUCCUCUCCCACAAUGCACUGCUACUUCCUGUCCUCCUCUCAUUUCCUCCUGUCCAUCUGUGCUGAUGCAGCAGGUGACUAGACCCACGUCCUUACAUGACCAAUUUUAUAAAAAGAAGAUAGAAAGAGAAGCAUUGCAUGAAACUCAUCUGUUAAGUAGUAGCAGAAUGUCUCAUUUUAGCCAUAAGGAAGAACUGGAGAGUCCUCCGUCAAAGGAAGACAGAAACCUUAAAGUCCACAAUAAGACCAGUUCUUCCGCUGUUCAUCAAUCUAACUCAGUAAUAUUUCAGCCCAUCCCAGAAUACACGGCUCCUCUCCAUCUUUCCUUUCCUUUCUUCUCUGCUUCCCCUUUAAGCUGUAAAGCAAAGCCAGAAACACAACUUUAUGCCAUAGACAGGCAAGAAGAUGCAAAGGGUAACUCAGAAAUGUCCAACAUCAGCAGCAGUACAACUUCCUUUACUCUAAGAAAACUAACUGAAAUUCCUCAAUCAAAUGAAGACACAAAUACUCCCAAGCAGCGUACAGUAGGGAAAGUGUCUCUGGUAGUGGGCGCUAGAGCUGACACUCUGGUCAACCUCUAUGCAAAUGAUCACAGGCCCAAGACAAACACCCCAGACUCUCCGCCUUCCCUGAAAAAGGAGUUUCCUCGGAAUCUUGCGGAUGUCUGUCAUGCCUGUAAGAAGCGGGUGUUUGUAGUGGAGAAGCUCAGUGCGGAGGGGCUCCACUUCCAUAGAGAAUGUUUCCACUGUGAUACCUGCCGAGCUCCAUUACGUCAGGGAGGACAUUUCUUUGACUCAGAAGAAGGAAAGUUGUAUUGUAAACUCCACUUUGCUCAGCGGAAAUCCCUAGUGAAGAAUGGAAAGACACCAAAGCCUCAUACGACUUGUGAUGACGGAGUUCACGACAGCCCUAGCUGGACUCCAGAGGAGCAUGAGCACUUUCUCCAGAGCGAGUCUCCAGGUAUCCUGUCCUCGCUGCUGAAGAGAAGUCUGCGCUGGCCUCUGCACGUGAGCCAGACUGUGUGUGCUGUGCCUCGCCGUGUGUGUAACUGGCUGCAUGGUAAAUUGUGGGCCGCGGGGCGCCACAUAAGAGAUAACGCAGAGGAUUACGCCUUCCUAUACGAGCUGCUCAGUGUGAGUCUGCCUUUGCUCGGAGUUCUCCAUGAACUGCUGCUCCAUAUGUACGCAAAUACCGAACACCUCGACCUGCAGCCUCUACUGCACUGGCUGGAAGAGCACCUGGGCCACUGGGUUUUAGUGUAGGAGAAACUUCCGGCCAACGUCACAUUAUGUCCCUUUAAAAGGGUUAACAUGUAUACAGCAUUGCCUUUGGCUUAUAAGGCAAAAUGUAUGGCUGUGGCCAGCUGUACUUACAGCUUUUGAACAUUUACAGACCUGAAAGACACAGAUAGCAAUAGCUUAACAAAGAAGGAAGCAGAAUUCUUGAACUUUUCUGGAACAAAAAGGAGGGAACUUCAGAUAACGGCACAUUCACUUAUACAACGAGGAUAGAAAUGAAACAGCUUUACUUAUACAACUUGUACAAACAAGAUGUACAAAUUGCCAAAGCCUUUCUCAGGUUACAGAGGUCAUGAUCAGUUUUAAAAAGAGUGUGAAGCAUAAACUGAACUUUAAGCACUUUAAUGAGCAGGCUGUCUUCUUAUGCACAAUUACGAUUGACUGAUUAAGUUGCAAACAUGUCUUGUCUACUCUGUUAACCAUUUGCGAACAUGGAAGCCUUAAACGUUUACACUUUCAAGAAAAAUGACACAUCGAAUUCAAUUCUUGCGUCACAUCUUUCUACUAAAAUGCCUUCAUCUAGUCAGAUUUUGAAGGCAGCAUAAAUAUACCAAAAUCCUGUUUGUGCAAUUUGCUGGUUGGUUGAAAGGAUAAACGUGGUGUCUGAAGCUGUUUAAAGCAGUAAUUCGUUUAUAAAUAUAUAUUUUUUUACUCCUACCGAGAAGUCAAUGACUGACUGGGCAGUGAGGCAGCAAGGCAGCUGCCUUAAAGGAAUAUCCCAGGUUCAAUGCAAGUUAAGCUCAAUCGACAGCAUUUGUGGCAUAAUGAUGAUAACCACAAAAGUUUAUUUUGACUCGUCCCUCCUUGUCUUUAAAAAAAGCAAAAGUCUGGAUUACAAUGAGGCACUUAAAAUGUGGGGGCACAGUGUGCGGGGCGAAACUCUGUCAUCAGCACAGUAGCGGUGGACUGUCUGCAACGAUGAUGCAAUUUGCAUCUCUGUGCAUGAAACGUUACGGCACAUGUCAAACCAAAGUAUACUUUGGCCUUUAGCUUUAAGCCAUGUCCUAGCCAAGCGAGAUAUGACCAAAACCAAGUGACCCACAACAUGUCUUGCCAUCGUUGCUUGUUCCAGCUGCUUAGAACAAAAAUCGAAGAGAUUGUUUUAUCACUUGUCGCUUUAUCAUGAUACCUGUAUGCUGUAUGUUGUAACGAAAAGCAAUUUAUUCCUCAUAAUCUUUACUCAGGUGUAGUUUUACGUUGUUCUCUUUGAGAGCCAUAGAACUUCUAUGUGGCCUUAAUCUGUAGUCUAAAUCAGGUCCUCAGAACCAUCUAUACCAGGGGUGGGGAACCCUGCUCCUGGAGGGCGACUGUCCUGCAGAGUUUAGCUCCAACCCUAAUCAAACACACCUGCACUUACAUUUUUCAAGUAAUCAAGACCAUGAUUAGUUUCCUCAGGUUUGUCUGAUUAGGGUUGGACCUAAACUCUGCAGGACAGUGGCCAUCCAGGAGCAGGGUUCCCCACCCUUGAUCUAUACACUAGUACAGAUUUGUGUCACAUAACAUAUAGAUGUCACCACCAACUGAUGAACUAAUGCACCGUGCAUCACAUGCAAAACGCAGUAACUACAUUGAACCAACAUUGAAUGUGAAAAAAAAAAAAUGGCUUGCCUUAAUUGGUUUUUAGUGUGAAUUUUAUUGUUACUGCCAUUUUCACACUCUGUCUUCACUAAAUAUGAGUAUUGCUGAGCUAAACCAUCUGUCACAGGACAGAUCAUAGUCUAAGAGUCUCCAUUUCGUUAACACCUCACUUUUGACAAAAGUUGUAUUUACUGCAUUUUUUCUUUGCACAGUUGUGCUGUAGUUAGUGAACAAACCAGCGAUACUAAUAAGAGCUUUGUUGCACUAUAAAUAUGAAUAGUGCAGAACACAUAAUCACUACUUUGCAGUCUUGCAUGUGCAUUCCCUUCUAUUUGGUUCACUUGACCAUAACUGUGUUUUCUUUUGAUAUCGUCUGCUACCUAUAAUGUGCUGCCUGAGGGCCAGGUAAUACUGUACUUGCAUUUUACAGUUGCUAAGUGCAUUUAAAAUGCACUGAUUGUUUUUCCCAAUAAGAACAUGAGAAGUAUUAAUAAUGUACAGUGCUAGAUACAGUACAACCGGAUGGUUUUAUACAUCAUUUUAAAUAGUUUUAAUGACAUUGGAACACAUCCUGCUCCGAAAUACUGAUUCUGUUUAAUGGUAUGAAUGGUGAUUGCCAAUUAUUCAUCAAAUGGCAUGCAUGAAAAUAAAUGCACAGCAUGUCAGCAUGCAUUUUCCUGCAUUAGCAGCUUCUGUUUCAGAACUCUUUGUUUACAGGCUGCAUUGUGAUGAUUUUGAUUCACUUGCCCUUUACAUUUAUAUUUCUCCUUUCUUAUUCACCCGUAGUCUUUUUCAACCCAUCCACUGUCUCCAUCUGACUUGCUCUGAGCCAUGAUGAUUGGAAGGUGAUCAUCUGCAUGCUUGCACUUGCUGUACACUUUUGCAAAGAACAACAUGGCUUUGCUGGUCCACAAGCUAGACCAGUAUUAACCAGCAUAAACCAGCCUUGUCUUAACUGGUCGUUUCUGCAGGGUAGGCUCUUUCAACUAGCCUUGCACUUUUAUAUGCCACGUGUGGACUUCCACUCAAGUGUUUCAUGGCUUUGGAAAUGCACGGUGCAUGACAAUAACUGCCUAAUGCUAUUAUCUGCAUGUCACGAAUGACAUGUUUCUCUUUACUUUCUUCAAGCCCUGCUAAUCAUUUGCUCAUGCAAUCUCUUCCUUUUCUUCCUUUCUGUUUCAGUGGUGGCUUACAUUUCAAAAUCCAACAUGAAGGCGCCUCUGUGCCUUUAUGAAUACAGGGGUCAUUAGUACCAUAGAUGACCUUCAUUUCAGUAGACAUGUUGUUUCAUGAGAUUUUUGCUGUAUAUUUUCAAUCUGAAAAAUGCGUUUUACUCUAAUUUAUGUUAAGCCAUGCUCACACAAUAAAUAAAGGAAA